AUGACUUCCCCAGCUUCAGGCAAGUUCAUGUACACAACAAACCUGACUCUCCAGAAUCUGUAUGAUACCACCCGCGAGUCCAUUGUGCUCAAGGAACUCUUUGCAUCGGACCCGCAGAGAUUCGCAAAGUUCUCCAAGGAGUACAACUCGACCUAUGGCCCGCCAGUGCAGAUUCUUCUCGACCUAUCCAAGAACUUGAUCACCGAACCCGUCCUCGGUGCCCUGCUCCAGCUCGUGCGCGAAGCUGGCGUCGAGAAAGUCCGGGAUGCCAUGUUCGCAGGCGAGCACAUCAACACCUCCGAGGACCGCGCGGUGCUCCAUGUUGCUCUGCGCAACUUCACCGACGGCGGGCUCUCGAUCGCGCCGAAUGAGGCGGGCGUGAACGAGGUCGACGGCGUGCGUGCGCAUAUGAAGGAAUUUUCCGAGGCGGUGCGCUCGGGCGCGUGGAAGGGAUACACGGGCAAGCCUAUCGACACCAUCGUGAACAUCGGCAUUGGCGGUUCCGAUUUGGGCCCUGUUAUGGUUACUGAGGCCCUCAAGCCGUACGCGAAGCGCGAUUUGAAGGCGCACUUUGUGUCCAACAUCGACGGUACACAUAUCGCGGAGACGCUCAGGGAGUGUAACCAUGAAACAACCCUCUUCAUCAUCGCCAGCAAAACCUUUACCACACAGGAGACCAUCACGAACGCGGAGACGGCCCGCAGCUGGUUCCUCCAAGCUGCAGGGGGCGCGAGUGCACAAUCGCACAUCGCGAAGCACUUCGUCGCGCUCAGCACCAACACAAAGGCGGUCACCGCCUUUGGAAUUGAUGCAAAAAAUAUGUUCCAGUUCUGGGACUGGGUCGGUGGAAGGUACAGUCUCUGGAGUGCCAUCGGUCUCUCGAUCGCUUUGGUCAUUGGCUGGGACAAUUUCGAGGACUUGCUCAAGGGUGCACAUGGAAUGGACAAGCAUUUCAAAGAGACUCCUCUCGAGCAGAAUCUUCCGGUGCUAAUGGCUGCCAUUGGUAUCUGGUACAAUGAUUUCUACGGCGCCCAAACGCUCGCUCUAUUGCCGUACGACCAAUACUUGCACAAAUUCGCGGAUUACUUCCAACAGGGAGAUAUGGAAUCGAACGGAAAAUCUAUUACCAAAGGCGGACACAAAGUCGACUAUCAGACAGGGCCAAUCAUCUGGGGCGCAUCCGGCACAAACGGCCAACACUCGUUCUACCAGCUCGUACACCAAGGCACAAAACUCAUCCCCACCGACUUCCUCGCGCCCGCUACGACACACAACCCGAUCGAGCACUCCAAGCACCACCGCAUCCUGCUCUCCAACUUCUUCGCCCAGCCCGAGGCGCUCGCGUUUGGAAAGACCGAGGAGGAAGUUAGGAAGGAGCUGGGCAAGGAGGGCGAAGGCAACGAGGCGCUGGUGAAGAGCAAAGUCUUCGCUGGGAACCGUCCAAGCACGAGUAUCAUGUUCCCGCUCCUCACGCCCGCGGUGCUCGGUGCGCUGAUUGCGCUGUAUGAGCACAAGAUCUUCGUGCAGGGUGUUGUGUGGGGUAUCAACUCGUUUGAUCAAAUGGGUGUCGAGCUCGGUAAGGUGCUCGCGAAGAAGAUUCUCGCCCAGCUCGAGAAACCUACAGAUGUCGUCGGCCACGACAGUUCGACAACGGGAUUGAUCCACUACUACCAAAAGCACAGAAAAGAGUGA